UUGGAAUAAUACCGGAAGUAAAGGUUGUGCAUGAAUUGCGACCAUUUCCAAAAGAGUAGGGGGGCGACUGUAUGGUAUCCAGUACUCUAACAGACUAUUAACCCACAGAAAACCAGACCUCAAACCCAAAUGUCGGUUUGGUGAUGUGGACCGUCGGUAACGGACUUCCUCUCUACUGUAGUCGCCUCGCCGUGCCUUCGUGAGUACUGAGGGCCGAGACCCGCCAUGGCCUCGCCGUCACUGGGCUGCACAUCUGUCAGAGCCGCCGCUGUGACGCCGGUAGCGGUCGUCGUCGUGCUCCUGAUGUCGGCAGCUCCCGUUCAGUCUUCCCAGGGCGACAAAGAGCCGGUGUACCGAGACUGCGUGAAGCAGUGUGUCCAGACCAACUGCACCGGACCCCGGCUACGAUGGUACCAGACCCUCCAACCGCAGUACAUGGCGCUGACAGGUUGGACUUGUCGUGACGACUGUCGCUAUGAGUGCAUGUGGGCCACAGUGGGUCUUUACCAGGCUGGGGGGUACAGAGUCCCGCAGUUCCAUGGCAAGUGGCCGUUUGCGCGCUUUCUCUGCUUCGAGGAGCCGGCGUCCGCCCUGGCCUCACUUCUCAACGGCCUGGCCUGCCUUCUCAUGCUGCUGCGCUACAGGAGCACCGUGCCAAGACAAAGCCCCAUGUUCCACACCAUCAACGCCUUCUCUCUGGUGUCCCUCAACGCAUGGUUCUGGUCCACAGUGUUCCACACACGGGACACCUUCCUCACUGAGAAAAUGGACUAUUUCUGUGCUACAGCAGUGAUUCUCUACUCCAUUUAUUUAUGCUGUGUCAGAACGUUGGGUCUGAGGCACCCGGGGGUGUCCAGCAUCGUGGGAGUGCUGCUCAUCUUGGCCUUCACAUCCCACAUCUCCUACUUGACAUUUGUCAGUUUCGACUACGGCUACAACAUGGCCGCUAACGCCACCAUCGGCAUGGUGAACCUCCUGUGGUGGCUGUGUUGGUGCUGGAGGAACAGGCGCACGCUGCCCUACUGGUGGAAGUGUGGCCUGGUGGUGCUGCUGCUCCACGGUCUGGCCCUGCUGGAGCUCCUGGACUUCCCCCCGUUGCUCUGGAUCCUGGAUGCGCAUGCCAUCUGGCACCUGAGCACCAUCCCUGUGCACUUCCUUUUCUACAGUUUCCUGAUUGACGACAGCCUCUACUUACUAAACACGGAGAAGCUGGGCGUCAAAGUGGAGUAGGAGGAGAUUCACGAGCAGCGUUGCACCUGUCCAAACAUGGCCGCCGGACACCCCGACAUAGAAGUAGCUCCGCUUCCCAGAUGACCUGCAUGACACCUUCCACUUUCAUCAGGCAAAUCUUGUGUUUACAUUUUUCUGGUUUUAUUUUGCCUAUUUAUUUGUGUUGAUUUGAUCAUGAUUGACUGUACUUUACAUUUGCCUUAUCAUUUAUCAUACGUGGACGAAAGCGUAAGAGAACUUUCAAGCUUUGAGAAUGAACUAUUUUUUUAACCUUGCACGGAUGCUGCGUGUCAGUAUGUGGCGACAAAUUACCUCCAGCAUGUGUCAUGUUGCCGAAAGGGGACCCCCUCAGUCCGACGGAUGGUUCUAGAGAGAAUGGAAUAAUUUUAGCUGACUGAGCUAUUUCUCCUCCACCUUUUGUUUUGUGCCUCAGUUGCUGCUUUUUCUACAUCCGAACUCUUGCUUUUAAUUUUAUUUUAUCACCUGCUUCCUUAAUUAUAAUCAUUUUAUGUUUUUUGACUUGGGUGGGACGUGCGUGACGAUCAUUUUAUUCACCUUGGAUGCCUUUUAGUGUGAGCAAACGGGGAAAGUUUUGGAAAUGAAAUUUAAAUGAUUAUUUAGAAGAUAGUUUGAUGGUAUAUUUUGUAUGGAUUGAGUUUCCAUUGCUGCAGUAUCAUUCUCCAUUUUGGCCUCAUGCUGCUUGUAAAUUAGCACAGUCCCCUCAGAGCUGUUGUCAGACAGUGUAUGUUUUUCCACCCCUCUCUGAGCCCCCUGCCGUACUUUUCCAUAUGUGCACUUUAGGGAUGCACGCGUCCAUGGUUUUUUGUUUGGAAUCCACACUCAUGCCUUUGUAGCUCUGUUUGACACUGAGGACAAUGGCCACUACAUAAUGUUUUUUGCUGUUGUGGUGCACAUUUAGAUGGUUCCUAACCUUUCUGUGUGUAGAUGUACACUCACGUGACAGUUUUGAGGUACACAUACAUCAAGUGAGUGCAGUUGAAUGCAUCAGCCCUGCAGCUGAGCCUUCCCAAAUGAGUUUUUCAACACCUUGGAAAUAAUGUUACUCUUUUUACCUUUUUAAGUCCUAAAACUGUUAUUCUCAUAAAAGUAUUUUUAAACCAUUUUCAUCACAUCAAUACUUUUCAACAAUUUCAGUUAUUAUGUAGGUUUAGUCAUAAGACCCCUUAUUUUUCUGAGUAAUUUAGCUGGAUAAUUGAUAACAUUUCCUCAAACCCUUAUUACAUUGUCAUGAGGGGCAUUUGUGUACCUAAUAUAUUUGGAGUGUGUAUGUAUGGCUGGGAAAAUGUAGUGUUGUCAUAUUGGGCAAUGUGAUUGACAUAAGAAAUUAUUAUAAUUAUGGUAGGCAAAAUGGGAUAAGCGGGCUUCACGGUGGAAGAUGGGUUAGUGCGUCUGCCUCACAAUAUGAAAGUCCUGAGUAGUACUGGGUUCAAUCCCGGGCUCGGGAUCUUUCUGUGUGGAGUUUGCAUGUCCACUCCGUGAAUGCAUGGGUUCCCUCCGGGUACUCCAACUUCCUCCCACCUCCAAAGACAUGCACCUGGGGAUAGGUUGAUUGGCAACACUAAUUUGGCCCUAUAGUGUGUGAAUGUGAGUGUGAAUGUUGUCUAUCUGUGUUGUCCCUGCCAUGAGGUGGCGACUUGUCCAGGGUGUACCCCGCCCUCCACCCGAUUGUAGCUGAGAUAGGCACAAGCGCCCCCUGUGAUCCCAAAGGGAAUAAGCAGUAGAAAAUGGAUGAGAUGGAAAUGGGAUAACAAGCAAAUGGACGCAUCAUAUUAUGAUUAUAUGCAUAUAUUAAUAAAUACACAAAUACAAAUGUGGUAUACAAAUAAAUAAUUUGUAUAAACGCGUAUUUGUAAUUAUAUUUUUGAGAUUUUAAAAUAUAUCCAAAUUUAAUUUAUAAAUAUAAAAAUGUGACUUACAAAUACAUCAAGAAUUUGUAUAAAUAAACGUCUAAUUGUAAAUAUAUUUUUGAGAUUUGAAUUUAAAUAUGCUUGAUUUUGUAUUUGUUUUUGUAUUGAAUUUGCAUAUGUAGAUCGCUUUUUUGCUUUUGUGUCGAGACAUUUCUACCACAAACCAGAUGCACAAAUAAAUGUGACCUACACAAUCCCCUGAAGAACCAGCAGAGGGCACUGCAGCCAAAGCGGUCUAACUCAUCCAUUUCCAACCGCUUAUCCCUUUCAGGGUCGCGGGGGGUGCUGGAGCCUAUCAGCUACAAUCGGUCGGAAGGCGGGAUACACCCAGGACAAGUCGCUAUCUCAUCGCAGGGUUAACACUGAUAGACAACAGUCACACACAAGGGCCAAUUUAGUUUUGCCAAUCAACCAAAAUCAAGCAUAUUUAUAUUCAAAUCUCAAAAAUAUAUUUAAAAACACGUUUAUUAAUACAAAUUAUUGAUUUAUUUGUAUGUCACGUUUUUAUAUUUAUAAAUUAUAUUUAUAUGUAUUUUCAAAUCUGAAAAAUACACGUUUAUUUAUAGAUGAUUUAUUCAUUUGUAUAUCACAUUUGUAUUUGUAUAUUUAUUAAUACAUGCAUAUGUAUUAAUAUCAUAUUGAUAUGUAUAAGUUGAUGUGAGACAAUUCUACUUCCAGAGUUGCGUCCCAUACAGUUUUACAGCAAAAAACUAUUUGGGUAUACUUAAAAUUCACAGGAAUCUCCUCUCAUGUGCUUGCUUAAUUUAAUGUCCAUGCAUAGUCAUUAUCAUUUCCCGGAAAAUAUAUUGUAUUCUUUCCUUGUUCCUUUCUCUCCAAUCUGCAGUUUCCCCUGCAUAUCUACUGCCCUCUAGCUGCCACCUUGUGCACUACACCACUGCCAAGCAAUGCUCCUUUGCUCUCAUGUUAUACUAUAUUUUAAGAACCGGAAAGAAUAAAACUAUUCUUUAUUGACAAA